CCCUAUUGUAUCUACCUAUUUCCCUAUUUCCCUCCUUAGACCGGCUCUAAGGACCACCACCACCCAUUAUAUUUCCUGCAGCUCACAAUGCCGGCAUACCACUCCAUCUUCCUCGAGGAUCGGGAUGUCCCCGUAAUAGGAAACUUCCCCAUCCUCCCCCUCCGCACUCGCACCCGCGGCCCCGCAUACACCCUCCCCCCGCUCCCGCCCACCGCCGACACCACCGAUGUGCCCGCCGACAGCGAAUCCUACGACUGCGUCGACGAGAUCCUCUCCCUGUUCCGCGCGAAUGUCCUGUUCCGUAACUUUGAGAUCAAUGGGCCCGCCGAUCGCAUGCUUAUCUAUGGUACCUUGUUUAUCAGUGAAUGCUUGGGGAAGGUGAAGCCCGGUAUGGUGAUGCGCGAGGCUGAGAAGGCGUUGAUCAACGUUGCGCUCGACCAGUUCGCUAUUCCCGGUGACGUGUCCUUCCCUCUGAACCAGGCGUUCGAGGCGCCCCGCGAUCGCCAGGAUGCGGAGACAUUGAGACAGUACCUCUCGCAGGUUAGGCAGGAGAUUGCGAUGCGGUUGCAUGCGCGGUUAUACCCCGGUGGUGUUGGGCCUUCCAAGUGGUGGCUGAGCUUCGCCAAGAGAAAGUUCAUGGGAAAGAGCUUCUAAGGCGAAUGACUGAUAGAUAGAUGGAUGUGCUUUUGUUUUUGCUGCCAAACUCAGCGUAUGAACAAACUCUCAACUGGACUUUUAGCUGUUGUCCAUGUCUAGUCAUUUUUACUCUGUGUAUAUUUGAAUAUGAAGCGUUCUGAUCCGACUACGAGUGCUUGGUUGGUGUCAUCAGCUAUGACUGCACGAAACGGUAGAGAGAAGCAGAUAUAGAGUUCUGCUGCAGGCAAGGGAGCCACAAGGCUCCUGUUCGACCAGAUCCAGUUGAGCUAUGAUCAUGAUAUUUGGGGUCCUGUUCGACCGGAGCCAAAUCUCCUAGAACUGGCUUCCGUAUUCUGACUCCGGUCGAACAACAUCCCUCCCGUUCUCUUACAGACGAC